UUUUGCUCCAGCUGCAACACACAAUAGCGCGUUAGUGGUUUCAAUUCUGCAUCGGUGAAACCCGGCGAUGGAACCCGAAUCUCAUCCUGAAGAGGACCCGUUUGCAGAGUACCUCUCACAGGAAGUGCCAUCUGCGCCGCAGCACGAAGGGGAGGCUGGGGUGGAAGCCCUGCUCCGGCUGGUGGCCGAGAGUUCACAGCGCCAAGAGCAAUUGCUGGGCAAGGUAUGCAGCUUGUUGGUGAGCUUGGAUGAGAAGAUGGGCCGUAUGGCAGCUGCUCAGGAGAGGAUGCAGGACAGCCUCCUUCGAGCACCCGACCCUGGACUCUCUGCAGCGGCACCCAAGGCGCCGCUCUCGAACGCCCAACGUGGCGCCCUGGUGGCACCACCCGGGAAGCCCUACGCUGGUGCCCCAGCUGCGGGUCCAAGUCCAGAGGAGCAGCGUCUCGCCCAGGAACGCCUCCUGGCCGACCAGAAGCGCAUUGAGGAGGAGAACCGACGCCGGGCGGAGGAGUUGGCUCGGCAGCGAGCAGAAGAAGAGCGACGCCGCAGGGAGGACGAGGAGCGGCGCCGCCAAGAGGAGGAACGCCGCCGCGAGGAGGAGCGUCGAGCGAAAGAAGAGUUGGGGAAGAAGACGGAUGGGCUCCUGUCCGGCCUUCUAUCUCAGAGCGGUGGCGGAGGGCUGUUUGGAGACGAUGAACCCAAGAGGGCCAGCAAGGGAGGCCUUUUCGAUGACUAGAGGAGGUGCACCCUUGAAGCGAAGAAUGAAGCCCUGAGGGCAGUUCGAUGGGUUCCGCAUUUUAUACUGGGAAUGGUGAAGGA